AAAGCAUUUAUUGAGUAGAACUUCCUUAGAUAUAGUCUCAAAUAUGUUGUUGUCUUUUUUUAAAGCAACAGGGCUGUCAGGUAGGAUUUAUUAUCUCCCUGUCUUCGGUCCACACUCCAGCAGUUGAUGGCGGUAAUGCACCAUAACGUUGGAUGCCAACCGCUGAUAAACCCCACUGAAGAAGAAGAAGACUUGUGACAUAUCUGGGUUAUAAUUUCUGUCUGUGCAUAAACUCUUUAGACGUGCCAAUCCUGUGAGAGAUUGAUUGUCUUUUGAUUUCAAUGGCUGAACCGAAGUAUACCGGUUUUUGUUAAACAGCUAACGUUAGUGGCAUGCUUCUCACUGGCAGUGCUAGCGGUUGGCUAACAUAGCCAGCUAGCUAUCUAGUUGCCAUUCAUUGAUUCUGACUUUCUAUUUUUAUUUUCGUUAACUGGUUGGCGAGCUAACGUUUAUUAGCGUACUAGUUUGUCGAGAUAACUAGCUAGUUGCUUUGAUUAAGGCUAGCUAGCAAGGUUACUGAUUUAACUGCGACGAUGCUAUGGUCAGUUUAUGACAAGAUGUUGGACAACCAAAAACUAGCUACCUAGCUAAAGUUACAAUUAAAUAAUGGGAGGUUUAGUUGACUAAUUGUAUUUGAAGAAGUAAGCUAGAGGGAGCUAGUGGUUUAAAUGGCAAAAAUAGAACCAGGCAAUGGACUUAAGUCAGCAGAGUCCCGCAAAAGUUUGCGGGGCACGACAGAAAGUCUGGCACUGACAGAUGGAGAAGGCAACCUCUUCGACUCGGAACUAAAUGUCUAUACCAGUGAGAGACAGACGGAUAAAUAUGGAUUUAUUGGUGGUGCACAACAAUAUUCAGAACAAUCAGCUGAAAACAUCCCUCCUGAGGUGCUGAGGCAGAGGGAGGCCAAAUGGCUGGACAUGCUCAACAACUGGGACAAGUGGAUGGCAAAGAGACACAAGAAAAUGAAGCUGCGCUGUCAGAAGGGCAUACCCCCCUCUCUGAGAGGCCGGGCGUGGCUCUACCUGUCUGGAGGAAAGGUGAAGAGGGAGCAGAACAAGGGCAAAUUUGAGGAGCUGGACAGUCAGGCAGGAGACCCUAAGUGGGUGGAUGUGAUAGAGAGGGACCUCCACAGACAGUUCCCCUUCCAUGAGAUGUUUGUGGCAAGAGGAGGCCAUGGGCAGCAGGACCUCUACCGUGUCCUGAAGGCCUAUACUCUGCACCGGCCAGAGGAGGGUUACUGCCAGGCUCAGGCUCCCAUUGCUGCUGUGCUGCUAAUGCACAUGCCUGCUGAGGAUGCAUUCUGGGGUCUGGUCCAGAUCUGUGAGAAGUACCUUCCCGGAUACUACAGUGCAGGGCUGGAGGCGAUCCAACUGGAUGGAGAGAUCCUGUUUACUCUGCUGAAGCGGGUGUCUCCUCUGGCUCACCGCCACCUGAAGAAGCACAAGCUGGACCCCAUCCUGUACAUGACGGAGUGGUUCAUGUGUGCCUUCUCCAGGACCCUGCCCUGGGUCUCCGUGCUGCGCGUCUGGGACAUGUUCCUCUGUGAGGGAGUGAAGAUCAUCUUCCGGGUGGGCCUGGUGUUGUUGAAGUGCAUGCUGGGCUCCCAGGACAAGCUGAAGACGUGUCAGGGCCAGUAUGAGACUAUGGAGCUGCUAAAGACCAUAGAUACACGCUACAUGCAGGAGGGGUUUCUAGUGCGGGAGAUUCUAGAGCUGCCGGUGUCAGAGCGGGACAUUGAGAAGGAGCACCUGGCAUCAGUGCGGCGCUGGAAGGAGACCCGGGGUGAGUUGCACUGCAAGUCCCUUCCCAGAAUGCACGGCGCCAAGGCCAUCAUGGCUGCCGAGCCGCCCAGUCGCCAAGACUUGAGACAGAACCCCACCAUCAUAGUUGAGUCACCCCUGGCAACCAAGAGCAAUGGGGAGGACAAGGAAAGGAAAAAUACCAAAGAGCAGAAGAAUGGGAAGAAAAACAGCUCUCCGACCCCAUUGGCAGCCUACCUUGAACCCAUCGAGCCCUCCCCCCUCAAAGACACAGCCCUGCUAGGCUCCAAUCAGAGCCUGAGCAGCACAGAGUAUGACACCUACCUGUAGCGGGUACGGAUAGCCAUGACACCUACCUGUAAGCGGGUACGGAUAGCCAUGACACCUACCUGUAGCGGGUACGGAUAGCCAUGACACCUACCUGUAAGCGGGUACGGAUAGCCAUGACACCUACCUGUAAGCGGGUACGGAUAGCCAUGACACCUACCUGUAAGCGGGUACGGAUAGCCAUGACACCUACCUGUAAGCGGGUACGGAUAGCCAUGACACCUACCUGUAGCGGGUACGGAUAGCCAUGACACCUACCUGUAGCGGGUACGGAUAGCCAUGACACCUACCUGUAGCGGGUACGGAUAGCCAUGACACCUCCAUCCCCACCUCUGCCCUGACAAUCAGGUCCCACACCUCUUGACUGACCCUUUCCAUUAUAGCCAUUUGCAUCCAUAGCAAAACACUCUAAAACAAUUGGAAGCUUCUGGCAUAGACCAAGUAGUAGUUGUUUUUCCUCACACAUAUGCGAAAUGACAAUUCAAUCAGUUGGGAGAGUGCAGCACUAACUUUCGUUUAGUUGGCCAUACGGGUAUACAUGCACUUGGGCUGAGUGGCAGGCUUGUAUAAUCAGAUCAGUUCAUUAUCUCAAUCUAUUCUCACUGAAAAAGUCUUAGACUGAGUCAAUAUCAGAUGACAUAACUAUGAAGUCUGCUUAGCCAAGAGUUCUGGAUCUGGAGGCUGGACCACUGCCUAUUUACGUAUUCCACCUAAUAUAUACUGUAGUAUGAGACACUACAUUGCCAACACACACCAAGCCAGCAUUGUUAGAUUUAGUUCAGUCACAGGGAAUGUCAAUUCAAUUAAAUUGUAAUCCCAGCAGAAUAUUUUGAAUCACAUAGGUUGCCAACAUACUGUAUAAAGAUGAAUGCUAUUGUCAUUCACUCAUUGGUGCAUCCUUUCUCUCUGGUUGUAGUGGAUGUGGAUGAACACUAGAGGGCUCUGUGGGGCAUUUUCCUGCCCUGACCAAUGAAAGAACUUGAUUCACUGGUUGAGGGAAAAUCAAUCAUCUGUAUAUCAUCAUAGUUUUAAAUGAAGGAAAUUAACAUUUGCUGGACAAUUCCUGUCACUAGACCAAAUCUUGUUGAAUUGAUGUUUUGACAUAUAGUUAGUAUGUGUUGUAAGAGCCAUGUUGUCUGAAUUAUUCCUGAGUGUGUUUGAUUCUUUGCUGAGCUCCAGAGAACAGAGUGAGAGUGAGAGUGAGAGUGAGAGUGAGAGUGAGAGUGAGAGUGAGAGUGAGAGUGAGAGUGUGUGUGUGUGUGUGUGUGUGUGUGUGUGUGUGUGUGUGUGUGUGUGUGUGUGUGUGGUCAUGCAGUGGAAGAAACAUGGUAGAAUGCCAGUCGAUAACCACUCCUAUCAUACUCAGCCAUGUUGAUUUCAUCUAGCUGUUUUGAUGAGAAGUAUAAGCUAUUUGUGUAUAGCUGUUUAUUAACUCUGCACAAUUUCUUUGUAUACAAUCAUCUAUGUUUCACGUAAAUGUGUGUCACGGUCAAAUAUUUUCCUGUAGAUAAGAAUACACCAGUUGAUGUUUCUGAAGGGAACAUUUGUUUGAAAGAACUGGGUAAAAAAAUGAUUGUACAUUUUUGUAUGGUAAAAGGACGAUUUCCAUAAAAAUUGCUGAAGAUUUUCACACUUGCACAUAGCGUAGUAUAAAAUGUAAUAUACUAUAGAUUUUAUAUUUGUCUAAGAUGAAGCACUUUGUCCCUGGUCAAUCCCUUUAAGAAUAGAAUGAACAAUAACAUUGUUUGUCUUCUCUAAAAUUGUCCAUGUGUGUGUAUAUACACUGAACAAAAUUGUAAACACAACUUGUAAAGUGUUGGUUUCAUGAGCUGAAAUAAUAAAAAAUCCCAGAAAUUUUCCAUACGCACAAAA